CAACUUGCUGCACAUCUCAUGGUGUGACAGUGUGUGGGGUCCACAUCUGAACGCCACCAAUGUCAUGGAUUAUUUCUCCGAGCGCUCCAAUCCUUUUUACUAGCGUGACUGCAAUAAUGAGUUCAUCAAGAUGCAGCAGAAUGCCCGCAUUGAUGCACUUGCUCAGAUGCAAGGUACAGAGUACAUGCUACUGCACGCCCAGGACCCCAUCCUGUACAUCAUCCGCAAGCAGCAACGCUACUCCCCCUCCCAAGCCACCCCCCUCGCUGCCUACCACAUCAUUGGCGGGGAGGUCUUCCAAACUCCUGAUAUUGGGUCCAUCAUUAACUCUAGACUCGCCUCAACCAUGACACACGUCAACAACUCGUUCACAGAGCUGGCUUCCUACAGUCAGUAUCAUCCGUCCAAAGGAUACUGGUGGCACUUCCAUAACAAACCUGCCUCAUCACAGGCAGAACAUCCCUCCAGCAACAAGGAGAACAAAGACAAGAAAGUGAGCAGCAAAGAGGAGGCGGCCACAGCGUUCCAGCGGCGUCGUGUGGACCUGCUGCUGCAGGACAUCACCAGCAGGUUUCCUUACAGACCUGCGCAGGACGACUUCGUUGCUGCCGCUGCUGGCCAAGGAGCAGCUUCCUCCAACGCUGUGACAUCAGGCACCACCAACGUCACCACCGCCGCCAUCACCACCACCACCGCCACCACCACUCCGGCUCAGGCAUCACCUCUCGUCAAGACAG